UCAUUCUCAGUUGUCAGAUGGUUCUUAUAAAAAUACUAUAGCAUUUCUGCGGAACGAAAUUAAUUUUUUAAUUUAUUAUAAAUUUUGAUAGACCGUUUCAAAUAUGAAUGCUCUUUUCAGUACAACUAGAGGAACGCUGAAUAUAUCGUCGCAAUUGUUUAUUCGUCACGCAUCUAAGAAAACCGGUGGUAGCACGAGAAAUCCAUCAGAUCACGGGCGACCCAAACACCGUGGCUGGAAAGUACAGGAUGGCCAUUACGUUUCCGCCGGAACCAUUCUUGCAACACAACGAACACCGCGCUUUCAUCCAGGCUUGAAUGUGGGAUUCGGUAAAAAUGGAACCAUAUUUGCUCUUGAACAUGGAAAGGUAUACGUGACAUGUGAAAAAUUGGACCCGAACUGGGACCAUACCUGGAUACAGCGCAUCUAUGCCGGUCGUGAAAAUCAAACCAUUUACAAAAAGUUUUUCAAUGUAGUGCCCGUGGAACAACAUAAUCGAUUUAAGCUGAUAGAAGAAUCAUGAAAAAUUAGAUUAUGUAGAUUUAUGUAGAUAAAUAUGCAUAUUAGAUCAGAUCAAA